AUGUUUAUUUUUACUUCAAGCAACCAGGGGGAAAAGAAUUUCAUUGCGGAAGAUAUAGUUGAUUUUUAUAACUCCUGGUUAUUUCGAAAUGAAUUAGAAACACAUUCGAAGAAUUCCCGCCGAAAUUCUAAUAUGUUCGAUUUUUUUACAAUAUUUGUUAACGCCGCAACAAUGCCGUCGGACAGAAAAAAAACAAAACAAACAAAAAACUCCUUUGAAUUUAUCGAGGAAAAGGAAGUAGGAAUACCAGCAGAUGAGGCUGCUCCAUCUUCAAAAUCAAGAAAAAGACCUCUUAUUUCUAACCCUACGUAUUCUGAUGACGAGAGCGAUUGCGAAGAUAUCAAGGCACAAGAACCAUCUUGUGCAGAAACAGAGAUGACGUCGUUACUGAAUAGUUUUGGAGCCGACAUCUCGAAAACACUCUCUGCAAAAAGAAAACGACUGACUACAUUUACAUCUUCUUCACUCAAAACAAGCAACCGGAAAUAUGAGGAACUAUUCUCGACGCAACAAACAGAGAGAGACAAAAUGAAUGAAGAGUUUUGCAAGCAGAUUGGAGGAGUUUUCUCGCAAUGGGAAAGUGAUGUUCACAAAUCGAAAGAUUCUGAGGAAAAAUUAGAGACAAUUAUGAAACAGCUUCAAAAAACGUUACAACAGCAGAGAGUAGUGCAAAGUCAAAGACUGAAAUCAAUAAAAACGCUUCAUGAUCAAUACAUGAAGGGAAUUAGUGAGCUAGUGAAAGUGCACAAAGAUCAACAAACAAAUAUUCAUGGAGAAUUACGAAAGGAAUUGUCAACACUACAAAAGAAAAUGAUGGACGAUGCGCGACAGGAAGAAAUCUCCAAUGUUCGAAAAUCCUUGCAAAGUAUGUUAUCACAGGUUUAAAACUGCUACUAGUGAAGAAGCGUGGAAAUUAAGAGUGAUGACAUUAUU